GAGGAGGGAGCAGAGCUGAGUCAGGGACCGCAGAGCCAUGCUGGGGACCAUUCUGCUGCUGCUGGCCCUGGCCAAGCCGACCUGCCCGAGCCCGGCUGGUGCGGGGAACCGCCGCGCUGAGGCACUGAAGAGGCUGCUGGAAGUCUUUGGCAUGGAGGACCCUCCACCCCCUCCGGCACACUUCAAGCAGCCCCCCCAGUACAUGGUGGAUCUAUUCAACACUGUUGCCAACGCAGACGGCGUCACCAAGAACCCUGACAUCCUGGAGGGCAACACAGUCCGCAGCUUCUUGGAUAAAACUCACAGUGAGAAGAUGAGGUUCCUCUUCAUCCUCUCCAGCGUGGCCAAGAACGAGAAGAUCCUGACGGCAGAGCUGCAUCUCUUCCGCCUCUGGCCAAGGGUCACCGACAGGCCCCAAAGGCAUCACUUCUGCCAGGUCACCAUCUACCAGGUGCUGCAGGGCCAGGUGGAUGCGCCAGGAGCGAAGAAGCUGCUGGCAGCCAGACUCGUCCCGCUGCAGGGCUCGGGCUGGGAGGUCUUUGCCAUCACAGAGGCUGUGCGAGACUGGACCGAAGAUGAACACAGCAACCAGGGUUUGCUGGUGACAGUCCAGGGCGUGGACGGGAGCCCACUUGACCCCCCACCACUGCAGUUUGCAUCCAGCAUGGACCACCAUGACAGCAAGAAGCCCAUGCUGGUCCUGUUCACGGAUGAUGGGCGCCGAGGAGCAUCCUUGCCCAUGGCUGACUUCCCAGAUGUGCAGCCUCAGGCUCCCGUGGUCCCCGCCGAGAUGCCCGUGCCCAGGCUGAGUGGGCUGCGCAGCACACGCUCCCUGGACCGGCUGCAGCCCUGCCAGAAGCAUCCCCUGUCCGUGGACUUCGAGGAGAUCGGCUGGUCCGGGUGGAUCAUCUCCCCCCGGGGGUACAAUGCCUACCACUGCAAGGGCUCCUGCCCCUUCCCGCUGGGCGAGAACAUGCGCCCCACCAACCACGCCACCGUGCAGUCCAUCAUCAACGCCCUCAAGCUGAGCGAGGGCGUCAGCAGCCCCUGCUGCGUGCCCGACAAGCUCUACUCCAUCAACCUGCUCUACUUCGACGACGACGAGAACGUGGUGCUGAAGCAGUACGACGACAUGGUGGCGGGGAGCUGCGGCUGCCACUGAGGCGGGGGAGCAGCAAGAGGGAGGCGCUGCCACAGGGGAGGCUGCUCCCACUCCCUCUGGAGCACCUCCGCGGGAGUCUCCGUCCCACAAAGCCCUCUAAAAGAGCCCGGGGCAAGCGAAGCAAGGGGGUGCCCAGCUCUGGGUGGCAUCAGCCCUGCUAGUGCCCGGGAAGGCUCAGGGCCAAGCUGCGAUCAAAUCGAGCGGAAUGAGCCCAUGGGACUCGGCAGCAGCUCCACUUGGGGGUGCCCUGUGUGGGGUGCAGGUCCCCUGCCCACGCAGAGGCUGCCCACAGGCUGUACCAUAUGUACAUAGCAAGAGCACUAAUAUAUGCCAGACCCUGCCCACAUGGGUCCUGUAAAUGUCUGUACAGUUCUGUGCUGGGUGAUGCGAAGUGACUGCAGAGGAACUAUUAAAGGUG